ACCCUCCAUUGGUUUGCAAAUUCUCUUAAUAUAUACAUUUUACACAAGAACAGCGAAAUUUCUUUAAAUUUUCUAUUUUUUACACGAACAGCAAUCUUUCUUGAAAAUGUGAAAAUAAUUUCUUUCCGUUCUGUCAAUUUCUUUUUUUUUAUUACAAAAGGGCGCAAUUUUCUAUUCCACCUGUCAUGUUUUACGAUAUUGUAAUGACCCUGUGCGAAAAAUUAUUGUUAAUAUUGAGAGCGUACGAUACACUUAAUCACGAUAUUUGCGAUACUCAGUGAAGUUAAAAGUUAUCGCAAGUUAGCUAUUCUGUGCUUAUCUAUUGUAAAAAUAUUUUAAAAUUUAGAUAGCUUUUUACUUUUUAAAACAUAUUACAUUAUAGGUACAUACAUCUAAUACCGUAAAUUGUUUAAAGUUAAAGUUAUUUAUUUUCAACAUCAAUAGCACCAAUGUGGCAACACCCAACAAUUGAUUAAACAGCUGACAAAGCGUGAAAUAUUUGUAGCACGCUUUCUGUUGGAAAUAAACAAUAAUUUUGAAGAAAAUAAAUAAUUAAUUUAUGUAUUAAAUGUGAAAAUAAUACACAACUACCGCCGAAAUGUCUAUAGAAUAUGCUAAUCUCUGUUCCGUGGUGGUGAAGCAAGUAUUCGGCGAGACAGUGCAAAUCGUAGCAGAUUGUUUAUUUUGUGCGGUUUCGCGCACAUUGCCGGCUAUUAUAAAAACAACAAACCUAUCACGCAAAGAGGUGUCGCUUGCAUUGGCAGUGCUGAUUAAAUAUCAGCUAGUUACGUUUAUACCGUGUGAGACAAAUCCCUUUUUGGCGGAGUAUUCGCUGAAACGUGAAGAAAUUUUUUACAUACUACGUUAUCCAGGUUAUGUGCAAUUGAUUCAUACAAAGUAUGGUGCCGUUGGCGCCGCCAUUGCGGAGGAGCUGCUGCAUGGUGGUCCGCAAACUGCUACCAAUGUCUUGCUUAAAUGCAUUGCAAACUCAGAAGUCAAGGAAAAAGUCGAAAGUUAUCGUGACAAUUUCUUGACAAUGGUUAGCGAUAAUUAUUUAAUACGUCUACCACAACUACAAACGGGCGAAGAGGACACGAUUCCUAAAUUUCAAAUUGACGCAUAUCAGUACUUUGUGCCACCAGAUAUAAAUCUACAUUUCAUAGCGCAAGUGCAGGCGGGUAAAGAAAAUGUGGAGAAAGCUGCAGAUGCAGGCAUUUUCUGGCACUUAAAUUUCAGUCGUUUCCAUCAAGAUUUUCGGGAUGCAGUUAUGAUUGGUGCGAUUGAGAAAAAACUUGGUGCCAGCACUGGUGAAUGUUUUAAAUAUAUAUUGAAGCAAAUGUAUGAACGCACAGAUCCCUGGCAAAAGGAAUACUCCAAUCCAUUCACGCUAGCCGAAAUCAAGCAAUUGAUUGAAAAGAAAUCCAACAAUCUGGAUUUGAUUAAACAUCUGGAUCAAUACGUUACGCUGUUAGCUGAUGAUCCGUUGGGCUUCAUACGCAAGGUCGGCGAUAUGGGCGCUGGUCAAUAUGUUGUAGAUUUAAAUCGCGCUUUUGAGGAGUUAACGUUAACUUGGUUUGGUCGCGUAAUAACCGAACAUUAUGGUUCCAAGGCGUCGCGUAUAUUUCGCAUUAUUUACAUGAAGAAAUUCAUCGAACAAGAAGAAUUGCAAAAGGAGGCAAUGAUACCAGCGCGUGAGGCAAAAUUGCUAUCGUACUACCUAUUUCAAGAUCAAUUUAUACAAAUAAAAACGAUAAGAAAAGCGGGUGGUGGUGGCACGGGACCGGCUAAAGCUUUCUUCUUGUUUCACUUCAAACCUAGACAGAGCGUACGCAUGAUAUUAAAUGUCUGCUAUAAAGCUUUGUAUAACACAAUUGAGCGCUCCAAUUUCGAAAAGUCGGAGCAUAAACGCUUAAUUGAGAAAUCACAAAAGUUGGAUAGCAUUGUUGCAACAAUGAAGGAACGUGGUGAAUCGGCCGAAUACAUAGACGAAAUACUCGAAACCUUAACGCCACCUGAGCGAGAAAUACUGGAAAAGGUGAAAUCACGUCUCAAGACGCUCUCGAAAGCCGAAAUAACAUUAGAUAGUAGCAUAUUUUUACUGCAAAUGUAUUUGUUUCACACGAAAGCGCCCACUUCACUUACAAAUAAAGACAAGAAAUAAACUCUUAAGUAAAAGA